UAAAGUGCGAAGUUGGUGACAUUUUCCAGUCGGCGGAAACAGAAGAGAUAGACUUCUAAUAUAAUUUCAAAAGGGUAUAUUAAGUCUAACAACAAUAAGAGUUGGAGUAACAAUGUCAGCACCAUCCAGACCAGCCCCUCCUCCCCCCAAGAGGAUAGGGCAAGUUCAAGCAUAUGAAGCAGUUUCUAGUUACAAAGCACAGAAGGGCAAUGAACUGUCCUUUGAUGAGGGGGACCUCUUGUUCAUCCUGGAUCAGUCUGACCCAAACUGGUGGAUGGCAAGACUGGAUGAUAAGAAGGGAUACAUACCCAGCAACUAUGUGAGCAAGGAGAAUGUGAAGAUACCCAUCAUUGAUGCAGCAAGGCGUGGCAAUCUGGCCCUACUACAGGAGUGCCUGGAUGCAGGGAUGUCAGUCAACUCACUGGACAAAAGCGGGUCCUCUUCACUCCAUGCAGCAGCUCAGGGAGGCCACAUUGAGUGCAUUUUCAGGUUACUGAAGGAACCCAAGUUGGAGAUAAACUGGCAGAAUAAGCUUGGUGAUACUCCUUUACACUGCGCUGCUUAUAGAGGACAUGCAGAUAUUGUGCAAUUAUUGAUCAACAGUGGGGCACGCACUGAUAUUACAAAUAGGGAGAAGAAGACCCCACGCAUGCUUGCCAAGAGUGGAACUGUUAUCACAAUACUGGAAGAGUGCACGCAGACUAGCAGUCGGAAAUCAUCAGGUUUUGACCACCAGGAUUAUGGUGCGAAUGACUCCGAGGAUUCUGACAGCUGAAUGUGCAGGUGAAUGGCGGAAUGGGAUUGAUUUAGACAGUGUAAUAUCAGAAUAGUAUGAUCUUAUUCUUUUUUUUUUUACAUCCAUUUUUUAUAUAUAAUACAAUGGUCAUUUCUUGUAAAAAGCAAAACGAUUUUUUUUCCAUGAUUUAUUAACAUAUAAACUUGUUUAUGGAGUUUUUUUUUAGAAAAAAUUUCAACCAUGGCCCCAGAAACUCGGUCAAAAAAGUGUCACCAUAAUCUGAUACCAUAAAGCUUGUGCCUUUUGACGUAUAAGGGGCUUUCAUAGAAACAAAGUGCCAACUUAUUUUGUAAUGUUCAAUAAAGUCAUAUAUUUUGAUGUUAAAAAAAGUGUAGCUAAAGUAACUUGAGAUUAGCAAAGUAGCAAUUUAGAUUUAGUAGUCAGAAUAACAGCAAAGGCUAUGCAUGUAUAGACCAUCUUAUACACUGGACAAAAUAAGGGUUUAAUUUGGUAUGGUAUCAUCUAUAUCAAUACAAAGAACAGGGAAAUAUAUCACAAUCUUAUAGAUGCUGUGAUAAUUAGAAGAUCAGAGUUAGGAUUUUGAAGUUGAUAACAGAUAGUAUUAUUAGGAAUAAGAAAAUACAGAAAACAGAGGCCUUUUAGAUCAGCUGUAGAACAUAGCUUAAUAAUGCUGGAGUUGAUUUUUAUCUUAAGUUACAACAGUAUUGUUCCUAGUUUUAUGUGCAUUUCCGACAUGAGUAGGGCUGAUCUUUCCAGAAAUAAGUGUAGAAGAAUUAGCUGGAAAUAUGAUACUUGUGAUAUUACAAUUUUUAUUGAAAAGUUUGGAGUAAAUUGAGGGAAAAAACAGGUAGGCAUAUAAUAAAAAACUUGCCUCUAGUGCUUUGUAUUAUGUUUGUUGGAAAAUGUCAUUACCAUAUUCCCUCUUUGCUGUAAGGAAAGAAAAAAAAAUGAUAAGGCAUAUCAUGAUAUAAUAUUGACUAAAGACUUAUCAGACAGCCAGUGAAGUUGAGGUUUAUUUUGCAUUCACAUGUACAGCAGUGUCACAUGUAAGAGACCAGAGAAAACGUUAUAUGUUUGGUAAGUUAACCUCUCAUUGCAUGUUUUUAGUUUGGUAAAAUGUUCUUUUUUUCAUAGAAUGAAUGGAAGUUAUUGGAAAAUGAUAAGAAAUAUCCUUAGAAAGAGGAGUGUGUCAUUCAUUAACUUGAAAUUCUGACUUUAUUUUCAGUUAUAAAAAUAGUGUAAUAUAAAAAUAAAAUACAUCAACAAAAAACAUGCAUACCUACACUUGCAUGUGCACAUACAAAGGGACAUACAUGUGUGCUAAGGUAUUUCAGUAGUUAGUGAUAUUUUAGAAAGUAAGAUAUUUACAUUGUUUCAGCUGGAAUUAGAAACCUUUGAUUUUUCUUUAGAGAAAUGUCAAUUUUAUCAAAAUCAAAUUAUAUGUGGGGGUCACAGCACAACACUGGU